CGCUGAACAAUAGGGAGAAGAUGGCGCUGUGAAUUCAAUAGUAUUAUAUUCCAUGUCACACCUAUAUGAGACUUUUUUCUUAUUGGUACCUUCUCCUGAACAUUAAAAAAGAAGAAGCUCCAUCAACCCGAUCUUCUUCCAUUGGAAGCAGCUUCAAUGGAGAAGAAGGAGGAAGAGGAGGGCAUAACAGUAAUAAAUUCAAGACAAGUGUACCCAACCAACAUUGUAUACGCACUCCUCUCUCUGGCUCUAUGGAUCGGCUCCAUCCAUUUCCUCUUCUUCUUGCUCUUAUUCUCCUUCCUCUUCCUUUCUCUCCCCAAUUUCUUCCUGGUUAUUGCAUUCCUUUUGCUUUUGAUCUUCAUUCCCAUCAACCCCAACAGUCGGUUCGGCCGUCGUAUCUGCAGGAAUGUGUGUAGAAAUGCUUGUAGCCAUUUCCCCAUCACUCUCCAUGUCGAGCAAAUUUCGGCUUUUCAUCCUGAUCGCGCUUACGUUUUUGGUUAUGAGCCGCAUUCUGUUUUUCCACUGGGAGUUGCCAUACUUGUAGACCAUAUGGGCUUCAUGCCGCUUCCUAAAAUUAAGGUCCUCGCAAGUAGCGCUGUAUUCUACACCCCAUUUUUGAGACAUAUCUGGACAUGGUGCGGUCUUGCACCAGCAACAAAGACAAAUUUCACUUCCCUCCUCGAAUCGGGUUAUAGUUGCAUUCUGAUUCCCGGCGGAGUCCAGGAGACUUUUUAUAUGAGACAGGGCUCUGAGAUUGCUUUCCUUAAGACAAGACGAGGGUUUAUUCGACUAGCUAUAGAGACGGGGAAACCCUUGGUUCCAGUUUUCUCCUUUGGCCAAUCAUACGUGUACAAGUGGUGGAAACCUGACGGGGAUCUCUUCUUGAAAUUGGCUAGAGCUAUUAAGUUCGCCCCAAUUGUGUUUUGGGGAUUUUUCGGAUCCCAUUUGCCUUUACCUCGUCCGGUGCAUGUUGUUGUAGGUAAACCAAUUGAGGUGAAGCAAAAUCCAGUGCCUACUGCGGAAGAGAUUGCGGAGGUACACAGUCGAUUCGUUGAAGCACUGAAAGAUCUGUUUGAAAGGCAUAAAGCUCGGGUUGGGUAUGCUGACCUUACCCUUGAAAUUCUUUAAUCACAAGGAAGACAAUAAUUUAGGUAAGAACAUGUUUUGGGGAUCAAGUAAUGUAUGGAAAUGGUAGUGAAAGUGAAAGUUGAGCUCAUAAUUGUAUGAAAAAUAGUUUAUAUAGAUUGAAUUCUUUUUGAUUGGAUUUGCAUUCAACCUAUUAUGAGUUGAUUACUGCUAUAAAAACAAAAGUGUAAUGUAAAAUGAACUCUUGCUCACAAGAGAAGAGAUAGCAAAUCAUAGUGAAAAGACAUAACCUUGAA